ACAUGGGAUGCGUUCCGCAUUGAGCGCAUAGAUCGCCUGAAAAUCUAUAGUUCACGUGACAUAUAUUAUAUAUUUCCAAGCAAUCUAUACGUGAAACGGAACGCAACCAUGGAUUCAUGACCGGAUUGAAUUAACCUAUCCAUCCGAAGAUGCCAUUUUAACACGCUGAAAAUAAUUUUGGAACACGAAAACAGUACUGUCAGUACUUUCAGCGUAUUUCGCACACCCUGCGUUAUAGAGCUCACUGUGCAUGAUCGAAAAGUAUAAGAAAAAUAUUUAAAAAUGCAAAAGAUGAAAGAGAAAAAGAAAUCACAAUCUUCAUCAUCUUCUACCGAUUAUGUUGAAACCGAUGAGGAUGUAGGCAAAGACUUUGGCACUCUCAUAAACGCGCCGCUUUCAAGAAAUGGACAUUUCGUCUUUAAAUCGGAAAAAGCUUGGUUUGUUGACUCGUCACAGUAUUCGGAAUUCUUCACCUUAAAUCUAAAAACAUUAUCGGUCGCAAUCGAUUGUAUUCCAUUUAACGAAUAUAUUAAUGUUAACGACAAAUAUUUUACAAGCGAUCAAUUGACGAAUAUAAAUAAUGAUGUUGAGAAAGGAAAAGUCACAUAUAAUACAAUUUUUUAUCCAAAUAUAUCGAGUUCAUCAGAUAUUGUAAAUUUGAAAGAUGAGAUCAAAGAAAAUGCGAAGAUCAAUCAAUCGAAAAAUUUGGAGUUGACAGCAAACACAAAAUCUUCAUUUGAAGAUGGUAUUGAUAAUUUAGAAGACAUAGAUUUUUUAUUAUCUUUAAAAGAACCAGUUCAGAGUAAUCCAACAAUUAAUCCAAUGCAGCUUAUUUCUACAUCUCACAAUGAUUCCAAAGCCAAGCAAAAAAUACUCCAAUUAAGCCAAUUGAUUUAGAAAAGUGGUUAGAUACUGUUUUAGAUGAUUAAUUUUUUUUUUAUAUUGGGUUGAAAUAUAAAAAUUAGUAAGACUAAUAUUAUAUAAGAAAAGAGAAAAAG